CAUGGCCUGUCCGUCCGGCCCCCUUCGCUGCGCUCCUCAUCUGCCCCGCGCCGAGCGCCGCCGCCGCCGCCGCCGCCGCCGCUCCGCUGCCCGCGCCGCCCGCGGCUCCCGAUGGAGACUGACGCGCCCCAGCCCGGCCUCGCCUCCCCGGACUCGCCGCACGACCCCUGCAAGAUGUUCAUCGGGGGACUCAGUUGGCAGACUACGCAGGAAGGGCUGCGCGAAUACUUCGGCCAGUUCGGGGAGGUGAAGGAGUGUCUGGUGAUGCGGGACCCCCUGACCAAGAGAUCCAGGGGUUUCGGCUUCGUCACUUUCAUGGACCAGGCGGGGGUGGAUAAAGUGCUGGCGCAAUCGCGGCACGAGCUCGACUCCAAAACAAUUGACCCUAAGGUGGCCUUCCCUCGGCGAGCACAGCCCAAGAUGGUGACUCGAACGAAGAAGAUCUUUGUGGGGGGGCUGUCGGUGAACACCACGGUGGAGGACGUGAAGCAAUAUUUUGAGCAGUUUGGGAAGGUGGACGACGCCAUGCUGAUGUUUGACAAAACCACCAACCGGCACCGAGGGUUCGGGUUUGUCACAUUUGAGAGUGAGGACAUCGUGGAGAAAGUGUGUGAAAUUCAUUUUCAUGAAAUCAACAACAAAAUGGUGGAAUGUAAGAAAGCUCAGCCAAAGGAGGUGAUGUCGCCAACGGGCUCAGCCCGGGGGAGGUCUCGAGUCAUGCCCUACGGAAUGGACGCCUUCAUGCUGGGCAUCGGCAUGCUGGGUUACCCAGGUUUCCAAGCCACAACCUACGCCAGCCGGAGUUAUACAGGCCUCGCCCCUGGCUACACCUACCAGUUCCCCGAAUUCCGUGUAGAGCGGACCCCUCUCCCGAGCGCCCCAGUCCUCCCCGAGCUUACAGUAGAGACGGGGUUUCUCCAUGUUGGUCAGGCUGGACUUGAACUCCCGACUUCAGCCAUUCCUCUCACUGCCUACGGACCAAUGGCGGCAGCGGCGGCGGCAGCGGCUGUGGUUCGAGGGACAGGCUCUCACCCCUGGACGAUGGCUCCCCCUCCAGGUUCGACUCCCAGCCGCACAGGGGGCUUCCUGGGGACCACCAGCCCCGGCCCGAUGGCUGAGCUCUACGGGGCGGCCAACCAGGACUCGGGGGUCAGCAGUUACAUCAGCGCCGCCAGCCCCGCCCCCAGCACCGGCUUCGGCCACAGUCUUGGGGGCCCUUUGAUUGCCACAGCCUUCACCAAUGGGUACCACUGAAGCAGGGGACGGUGGCAGGAGCGCCCCAGCCUGCAGCUGACUGAGGACCACGAGUGAGCCAGCGAGGGGGCGGGAGACCUCAGCCGCAGCCGCCGCCCCCUCCCCUGCAGCGACUCGGACCCGCUACUGCCUGCCCCCAACUCCCCGGGCCCGGCCCCUGCCCUGCUGCCCCCAACAGCGUCUGGCUCCCCUACUAACGUCCCCCUCUUCGCCCUUGCCCCCGUCCCGACCCGCCCCUCUCCCGGCCCUGCUUUUAUUUAUUUUGGAUUAGCCGGUUGCCCACCCCAGCCCUCUGGUCCAUCCCUCCCUCCGUGCCGCGCCCCCCUAGGACCGCCCCCUCCCCAAAAGGCUUUUGGAUUUGUGCAUAGCUAGAGUGAAGGCGGAGGGAGCCUGCUACAGGCCGCAGCCCAACCCCUGUUGUUUAUUCAGAUUUCCCCUCCUUUACCCUUUCCCUUUUUUUUUUUUUUUUUUUUAAAGAAACCGUUUUUAAACUAUUUCUAGGUUUGUGAAUGUGAAGCCCCAGGCCGCAGGGGGCAAGGGGCCAGGUGCCCCCCACCAGCUGAGAACAAAGUGUCUAUCUGGGUGUGGGCCCCUGGCCGCCUCCCUCCAGCCCUGGAGAGGAGGGCAGGGCUGCGGGGAGGCCAGGCCGAGCCCCUGGAACCAUCCCGUCCUGUAUCAUAUGUAAAUACUGUGAGGUGAUGUGCCCACCCCUCUCUAAGACCCCUCGGGGGUGAGGGGCUCCCCCCUCCCCUGUUUCUGUCCCCUCAGACACCGUUACUGUAAGCUUGCAGGCCUCAGCUGUGGCCGCGGCAGGCCCGCUCUCUCAGGCCCUCAGGGUCAAGGCCUUGGUUGGACCUGCCCACUCCAAAAACCCAGUGUGGGGGCAAAGGGCGUGGGAAGAGCAGGGCUUGCCCAGCGACACUGCUGGACAGGAAUUAACUCUCCAAAGGUCUCCCCUGCUCCCUCCCUAGGUUGGGGCUUCAUGGUUUCUGCUCAGUCUGUCCCCCUUCCCCCUCGACCCCCGCAAUGAGUGGGCACCAGGGGACGCUCUGGCGAGGGCAGACCCCAGGGGAAAGCAAAGGGCGUCUCAGGGAACCCCCACAUUCUCUCACUGAAGUUUCCCACCAGGAUGACCCCACAGCCAGAGUCCCUUGGCAGCCCCUCACCCCAGAGCCCCCUUCUAAGGAAAAAGGUUCAGAGCGUUGGACCUUCAUGAACAGUGGCCUGGCUGGCGUGGCAGGGCCAAGGCCCACCCACUGCCAUCCCCCUUCUGUGUGUCCCUGUCCCCCAGUUAUGAGGCCCAGGGCCUGAGCUCUCUUCCCCAGCAUUGCCCCCACCCGGAAACCCCACCUUUGGAGAGUUAAUUGUCUGUGUGAGGUGCUUAACCUAUCAGCCCUGAGAACACAAAGCAAUAAUCUUUGUUACUGAGAUGCGCGGCUGUUCGUGUUUUGGGUUUGUUUUUUUUUUUUUUUAAUGUUUCCUAAUAAAAGAGAAGCUGCAUUUUAUUGGUUUUUAUUUUUAAUUUUCUACACGUUUGAGCUGAGUCCUGAGACACUUAGCUUCCCUCUCCCUCAUCCCUGGACCCUUCCACCCCACUGGGCCCAACCAUGGGCUCAGGACCCUGGAAUUCCGUUUUCUGAUUUGCUUGGGGAUUUUUUUUUUUU